UUCAAGUGACGUUCCCUUUAGUGCCUCUACAUCGAUUUCUGAACCGUUAGAUGUUAAUACAGUGCAACUUUCUCCCGGAUCCACCAUGUACUGGACACCUGAUUGCGACCCUGAUUUGAAACCGCGUGUUGGUAUAACAUGGUUUUUGCCCCUUUCACUGGCGUUGAUAAUCAUAAAAAGUGCAUUACUUUUGGUGUUGGGUUGUUGUUGAAAGAAGAUGUUGAAUCAUAUGUUUGGUUGUUUCGUUUUUUUUUAAUGCAAUGGGUCGGGAACCUAGGUGCAUCAUAACAGAUCAAGACCCAUCCAUGAAAAUUGCUAUUCCACGGGUUUUCACUACAACAUGUCAUAGAUUUUGUAUGUGGCAUAUCAUGUCCAAGGUGAGUUCUAAAGUUGGUCCGGUUUUGAGUAAAGACUCAAAUUUUAUGAAAGAAUUGAAUUCAGUCGCGUGGAGUCAUUACUUGCAGCCAUCAGAAUUUGAAUUGAGAUGGACUAAUUUGAUGAGAGAAUAUGACCUACUUGAGCACAAUUGGUUUUCUCACAUGUUUGAGAUUAGGAAGAUGUGGAUUCCUGCUUUUUUUGGUGAUCUUUUCAUGGCGGGCUUGCUUAGAACUACAUCACGUUCAGAGAGUGAAAAUAAUUUUUUCAAUGAAUUCACUAAUCCUAAUUUUAGUUUGGUUGAGUUUUAUAUGCAGUUUGAAAGUGCAAUGGAUUCUCAAAGACAUAAAAGUACACAAUUGACCAAAGCUUCUGAGUCCUCCAUUCCCGAGUACAAGACUCCGCUACAUAUUGAAAGAUAUGCUUCCUCUGUUUAUAAUCUUUCAAUUUUUUAUCUCGUUCAGAAGGAAAUAUGUUGCGCCUGUUAUUCUUGUGCCAUUCAAAGUCUCCAACACGAGGGAAUAGUUUUUACUUAUGUCAUAUCAGAUGAGCGAGGAUUAAAUUUCACACUUGUACACAAUACAAGUGACGGUACUACACUUUGCUCUUGUAAACAUUUUGAGAGGAUUGGUAUAUUGUGUCGUCAUAUUUUUUUCGUGUUGAAAGAUAAGAAGGUCAACGCAAUUCCAGAUAGAUAUGUCUUACGUCGAUGGUGCAAAGAUUCAAUUCUGAAGCCUCUUAAUGCAUUUGAAGAUGGUGUUUUCAAACAGUGUGUUGGCACUGAAGAACAAACAUUAGCUAUGAAGACAUUGUGGUCUGAUAUCCAUUUUUGUGUUGGAAUGAUUGAGCAUCAUCCUCACUUGUUGCAGCAAUUUUCUGAUGUCAUUAAGGUCCAAAAAGAAUUAUUGUCUAGCUCUCAACCAAGUAGUGCAGCAGCAUCUUCAAAAUGUGAAGUUAUUAAAGGCUUUUAUGGGUCACCUAUUCCUACACAAAUUAGCGUGCAUCCACCUCAGCAGGCUCGAAAUAAGGGUUGCGGUAAGAGAAUUAAAAGUGACAAGGAGAAGGAAAUUGAAGUGAGUAAGAAGUGUAAGCGAUUAUGUAGAAAAUGUAAUAAAAAAGGUUAUCAUGAUAGCAGGA